AUGGUUACACAAGACCGGAAGUAAGGCCGUGUGUGGUCUGCGGUCGUUAGCAUGCUAACGGCCGCUUGCUCGCAUCUCUCUUUUGACGGGCGCUUUCUGAUGGUCCAAAGUCGUCCAACACGCGCGGGAGGAGACGUGAUGAGCAGUCAAAGAUGAGCGCUGAUGAUGUCACCAAGGGCGUGGCCUGCACACUGAAGCCGCCGGUGUUCCUUCACUUUGGAGGCGGUGACAGCAAAACGCAGGGAUGCUGCUCGGGUGUGUGCGUGAUCGAUGUCGCCCUGCCCCCUGGGAAAACCGUCAACAUUGAGACGAUCACCUUUAAGAAUUUCUACACGGCACUGGUCAGCGUGAGGCUGCAGAGGCGGAGCCCCGGCCAGGAGGGGGCGGCGGCUAAAUGGUGCACAGCCCUCCGGGACCGCCCCCUCAUGACCAACCCGCACACGGAGGCGGGUGCGCAGGACUACUACAGCAUUGACAGGAAGCAAAUGCAGGUGGAGCCGGAUGGUGUGUCGUCCAUCCGGCUGAUCCUCAAGCAGCCUUCGUCCGCCUGGUUGACCUUCAGCGUGCAGGACGUGCGCAUUUUCCCUCGCAUGCAACCCGAGCCUGACAAGGAGCUCUCUGAUUGGCUGUUGGCUCUGAACCUUGUUGAGCGACAGCUGCCUACGCAGGACCCGCUGGACGUCGCGUCCGUGUCAUGCCGACUUCAGCAGAUGUGGGCCUUGAGCCAAGUCAUGCAGAGCAGUCAGAGCCACGCCGCCUCUGUCGGCCGCUUUGACGUGGAUGGCUGUUACGACAUUAAUUUAUUAUCUCUGACUUAAAACAGACUUGUUCUCAUAUGAAUUUAUGAUGUUUAGCUCGUGUUUGAUGUCAUAUUUUAGGUGACUCCAAGGUGUCUUU